AUGGCCGAUAUCAACCUCCAGGACGUGCACGACACGUUGGUGGCAAUCGCCUUUGAGGCUGGGAGCAAGAUUCUUGCAGCCGACCCCAACAACAUUCCCAAAGGAACGAAGCUGAACUCGGUCGACCUCGUGACGGAGGCAGACCAGGCCGUCGAGCGGCUAGUGUCGACGAAGCUGCGGGAAAAGUACCCCGACUUUGACUUUGUCGGCGAAGAAACAUAUGUGGCUGGCGAGACGCGGGUGACGGAUGCGCCGACGUUUGUGGUGGACCCGAUCGACGGUACGACCAACUUUGUUCACGGCUUUCCGCACGCAUGCAUCAGCCUGGGCUUUGCCGUUGGCCGGCAGCCGGCGGUCGGCGUCGUCUACAACCCCUUUCUCGACACGCUGUACUCGGCCGUGCAGGGCGGCGGCGCCUUUAUGCAGCGCAACGCCUCGCUGGCCCGCGACGACAGCAUCGACAGCAGUCUGCGCAGCCGCAUCAGCAGCCGCCAGCAGCUGCCGCUGGUCGGCCGCGGCGACAGUGCUUCCGCGCCGCCGCUGCAUGGUCUCGGCACCGCUCUCGUGGCCGUCGAAUGGGGCUCCGAUCGCCAGGGCGCCAACUUUGACAUCAAGGUCGAGACAUACCGCCGCCUCGCUGCCGCCACCGAGCCGAACACGCCCAAUGCCAUGGUCCACAGCCUGCGCUCUCUCGGCUCGGCCGCGCUCAACCUGUGCGCCGUCGCCACCGGCCAGCUCGACGCCUACUGGGAGGGCGGCUGCUACGCCUGGGACGUCUGUGCCGCCUGGUGCAUCCUGACCGAGGCUGGCGGCAUCAUGGCUAGCGGCAAUUCCGGCUGCUGGGACCCGGCUCUGGACAGCCGGGUGUAUCUGGCCGUGCGUGGCGCGCCAGCAGGUCAGCGGGCCAUUGUCGAGGAGCUCUGGGGCGUUCUCGGCGACAGCAAGAUCGUGUACAAGCACUAG